AUGCAGAGCAUCCGCCAACUGACCGACCUCGAGCAGUCUCGCCUGGAGGAAUGGCUGGGGGGCGAGGGCGUCACCCUCAGCUUGCGCUCGCGCCGCGACACCUACUCCGACGUGCGCCCCGUGGCAGAGAUCCUCAAGAAGGUGCAUCCAGCCAUAGAGCUGAGGUGCUACACCGCAGCCAGCAGCUUCGCGCGUCGCCUGCAGAACUGGGAGGUCUUCGCCUUCCGCGAGCUGAGGAAACUCGGCCUCCGGCUGAGGGCGGAGGAUCUCAAGCAGUUGGCCGAGGGCAGGCCGGGCGCUGUCGACUGGCUGCUGUUCAGCCUCAUCGGCCAGCAGAAUGUGCGCCCGAGCGCCACUCGGCUCGCACCCCGAUCCAUCUCCCUGGGUGCGAUGUGCCGCAGCCGCUUCGUGUCCUUCGCCAACGCUGCGUCCAGCCGGACAUUGGACAAGGAUUGGAGGACUUAG